AUGUCCCAGAGAGUGCAGGACCGACCGCGUCUUGGCCGCAGCGACGACGCCCAUAGAGGCAUGAGCAACGGACCGCGCGAACGACCGCUGGAGCGAAUCGACGGGGGUGCAGACCCAGUCCUCAGCUUUCCUAAGUUGAAGGACAUCCGCCAGGAACAAGUACGUCAGUGGCUGCUCGACCGAGAGACAUACGAAGAAGACCUGCGGGUCGUAUGCAUGCGUCGAAACCUCGAAGUGCGGAAGUACCGCGAAGGAUGGAAGGAGUGUUUCGAUGACAAGAGAUUGUUGAAGCAGUUCAUGAUCAUGCGCAAGCUACGAGGCGAUCCCAAGGAACUCGAUGAAACCGUGCUCGAAACAGAGCUACGAAUAAUCGUCGACGAACCCAAGAACGGCGUUGAAGCGGACAUCCCGCUGCUGUUCCACGGGAUCCACAUGGACAUGAAGGACGACGACGUUCUCAGCCGCGUGUGUAAAUUCUUGGCGGACUGCGACGAACGAAUCGAAGCACGCGUGAUGAAAGGACAUCUGAAGAAGCCCGAGAUGCGGAAGAAGAUCUUCAAACGGCUGCUAGAAAUGGUGGACCCAGAGCCUGUCCGAGAUGCAUGCGUCCUCGACAUGGAGAAGGCGUGA